AUGUUCUGCAACCCUCCUGCUGGCAAUCUCCGCAUACCGGACGAGAUCGUUCCUGUUAGCGUCAACUACCACUUCACUCGCUGCAAUGUCGAAUGCGGGUUUUGUUUCCACACCGAAACGUCGAGCUACAAGCUCCCACUCCCCGAUGCUGAGAGAGGCCUCAAGUUACUGGCCGAGGCAGGCAUGAAAAAGAUGAAUUUUUCAGGCGGAGAACCCUUCCUCUAUCCCAAGUAUCUAGGUGCAUUGUGCCGAUAUUGCAAAGAGGAUCUCCAAUUGGAAAGUGUUAGUAUCAUCAGCAAUGGGACCAAAGUGACGGAAAAGUGGUUGAAAGAGUUUGGGUCGUUCGUUGAUAUCUUGGGGAUCUCUUGCAAUUCGGUUUAUCCCGAAAACAAUGCUAAGAUUGGACGUGCGGAUCGUGGCUCCGGAGUGCCAUUUGAUAACGUGGGACAGUUAUUCCAGAUCAGGGACUGGUGUAAGCCACUCGGAAUCAAGUUCAAGCUGAACACCGUUGUGUGUUCACUCAACUGGCAGGAGAGUAUGGCAGACAUGGUGCAGAAGCUCGAUCCUUUCCGGUGGAAAGUCUUUCAAGUCCUCAUCGUGGCCGGCGAAAACGACACCGACGAACGAAAGAGGAAUGCAACACAGUUCAUCGUCACAGAUGAACAGUACGAAGCUUUUUGUCGCCGACAUCGACAUCUGAAAUGCAUGGUUCCAGAGCCAAACUCGGUCAUGAAGAGCUCCUACCUGCUUGUUGACGAGUACAUGCGUUUCCUCGACAAGGGGGAUGGCGAUGAGAAGGUGUCUGACCCCAUUCUGAAAGUUGGUGUACAGAAGGCUAUCAAGCAAGUUCGGUGGGAUCAGGAAGAGUUUCACAACAGAGGUGGUAUCUAUGAAUUGGGGAGUACAGCCGAGAAGGAGCAAAGUUGUGGUACUGUUCUUCAAAAUAACGGACUGGAUUGGUGA